AACAGAACCAAAAACCCGCUACCCAAAAAAACCCACUCUCUGUUCUUCUCACCUACGCUCCUCCUCCUUCCCUUACAUCCCUUACAACCCUUCGGAUUUCAAUUUACAACUCGCAAGGGGUAAGAUUUGUAUUCGGUCGCUGUUGUACCGACGCUGCUCCCUUCGAACUCGCAAGGGCUAAACUUGAUAAGAACGAAAGGUUGUUGGAUUUUGUUCACAAGCUAGAGGCUGCAUGCAUUGAGAUAGUGGAGUUUGGGAAAAUGACAAAGGAUCUUGCCAUUUUGGUCCGUGGGCGCAAGGUAUCGAGGGGGUUCUACUUGAACACAGAAGAGUUCAUUGAUGCUUUUGCACAAAAUUUGAUCUCAAAGCUUCGGACACCUGCAGUUGUUUGGUAUGCGAGAAUAGUUUUAUGCGGCAACAACUGCACACUGUAUCCUACACUACAUGUUAUGGGUUUUCAGUCCAGCAAUUCGAUUUUAUCGGAUGCUGUUCGUACUUGUCUCAUUCAGAUAAUCAUGAAAGACUAUAUUACAUUUCUUAUUUUGUUGUCUAACAAGAAUUUUAAAGAGACAAGAAAUGUAGCAGGGUUAGUUACUCCAGCUAUUGUCGCGGGUUUAGGUGCCUAACACAUACAUUGGGCACCCUCGUCCCUGUGAUAGGAGCAAGUGGAUUUGCUGCAACUACAGCUGCAACUGCUAUAGGAAUUAUUAUCAGUAGUUUUAGAUAAUCUCUUAAUAGUUGUCGAUAUGUUUAGAAAGUUAGAUAUGCAUAGUUUUGGAUGGUUUAAACUUUUUGUAUAAUUUAGAACGUAAGGAUAUAGAUUUCAAAUGUUUGGAA